AUGGCUAACCCAAGAGGGGAAUGCAAAGCCAUAACUCUAAGAAGUGGGAAGGUUGUAGAGAAAGGAGCCCCAAGCAAAGAUAAUCACGAAGAGGCUACAUCAAAGUAUGGGAACGAGGAUGAAGGGGAGAUCCCAACUUUACCUUCACCAAAACCAGUUUUGAAGCUCUUUGUGCCAAAGGCACCAUACCCACAAAGAUUGAGAAAAGAUGGGAAGGAUGGCCAGUUUUCUAAGUUUCUAGAAAUCUUCAAGAGACUCCAAAUCAACAUACUAUUUGCUGAGGUAUUAGAACAAAUGCCACUCUAUGCCAAGUUCUUAAAGGAGCUUAUAACCAAAAAGAGGAACUGGAAGGCAAAGGAAACCAUAUUAUUGACUGAGGAAUGCAGCACCAUCAUACAGAGGAAGCUACCUCGAAAGCUGAAAGACCCAGGGAGUUUUCAAAUCCCCUGCAUCAUAGGGGACAUCACUAUUGAGAAAGCUUUGAUGAAGAUUGAGGAAGCCAAGCCAAAAAGAAUGGCACUCCAAUUGGCUGACAGAAUAUUUAAGUUUCCACAUGGGGUGGUGGAAGACUUGCUAGUAAAAGUAGGAGAAAUCAUUUUCCCUGCUGACUUUGUUGUGCUGGACAUGGAAGAAGAGGCCAACACGUCAAUUAUCCUAGGAAGAACAUUUCUAGCUACUGUUGGAGCCAUUAUUGAUGUGCAGAAAGGGGAACUAGUCUUGAGAUUGCAUGAAGAGAAAAUGAUCUUCAACGUUUUUAAAGCAAUGAUUUACCCCAAGAAAUCCAUAGAAGAAUGCAUGCUGGUAGACACCAUGGAAUAG